UCUCGCUUUUUUUUUUUUUGCAAAAGGAGGAAGAAAUAUUUAUACCUUUUUAUAUCUUUCUGGACAACAAAAAUGGAUAACACUCCGUCUAAUUCAGAGAAAUCCCACCUGAUAGACGAGAAGAGCGCGAAGCUGUAUUCCCUGAAAAUGCAAAGCAACUUUGCUGACUCCAAAGAGCACUACCAAGACUUCCCGCUAAAAAACGGGGGAAUGUCCGGCGCUAUCGAGCUGAAGCGGCACGUGGGCGCGCACUGCCACGGACCCAAGGCCUUGGUUGGCGAGGAGGGCGGUGACAAGCUGCUGGCCAAGAAGAAACUUUACAUCGCUUCUGCAGUCUGUCUCGUCUUCAUGAUCGGCGAAAUCAUAGGAGGCUACCUGGCCCACAGCCUGGCCAUCAUGACCGAUGCUGCCCACCUCCUCACCGACUUUGGGAGUAUGAUGGUGAGCUUGUUCUCUCUGUGGAUCUCCUCCAGACCGCCCACCAAAAUCAUGAACUUCGGAUGGCACAGAUCAGAAAUCCUCGGAGCGUUCAUCUCCGUCAUGUCCAUCUGGAUCGUUACGGGAGCUCUCGUCUAUUUAGCCACUGAAAGGAUCGUACGCAACGACUUUGAGAUCGAGGGCCAUGUGAUGUUAAUCACUUCUGGAUUCGCCGUCAUUGUGAAUAUUAUCAUGGCCUACAUCCUUCACCACUCCACCACCCUCCACCCUCACGGCAGGGGUUACCAGCAGAUUGAUGAGGAUGGUCAGAGCCCCAUCAGUCAUGGUCACUCCCACACGCUGCUGGGUGGCCAUGGCAGCACAAGCGUCCGCGCCGCCUUCAUCCACGUGCUCGGAGACCUGCUGCAGAGCAUCGGCGUCAUGGUGGCAGCGACCGUCAUCUACUUUCGGCCUGAAUACAAAGUUGCAGAUCCCAUCUGCACAUUCCUGUUCUCCAUCUUCGUCCUUUUCACCACCCUCACCAUCCUCAGAGAUGUCUUCAGGAUACUAAUGGAAGGAUCUCCCAAAGGAAUCGAUUUUAACUCUGUGAAGGAGGUGCUGCUGUCUGUGAAAGCCGUGAAGUCCGUCCACUCGUUGCACCUGUGGGCCCUGACUCUGGGGCAGUCGCUGGUUUCUGUUCAUCUGGCAAUAGAGGAGGGCGCUGACACUCAGUCGGUGCUUCAGGAGGCCACAGAGCUGCUCUACAACAAGUUUGGUUUCCAGAACAUCACCGUCCAGGUGGAGCUUUUCUCUGAGGAGAUGAGCCACUGCUCCCUCUGCCAGGAUCCCAGGGACUGACACCUAGACCGGAAUCGACUGGACCCAAACGGACUCGGAAAGGCUCAGACACUCUCACAACAUUUUCUCCUCCAGGUUGGGGCCAACCGCGCGUCGCUGUGCCACAUUCAUUAUGCAGGUUCCUGAUGAAGGAGCAACAUCGGUCUUUGGCUGAUCAAUGCCUUCAACAGGAAGUCAAAAGAAAUUAGGCAGCAAAAUCAUCCAUGGCUCCAUGCUGACAUUGGAGGUCACUGUUAAAGUCUAUAAUUUAACCAAGGGUGCGAUGCAUUUGCUUUCUUUCUUCUUUUUCUUUUUACCUCAUUAAGAAGUGAAGCAUAAGAAGUAUACUGGCCCCUUAGAAAUAUCCCCUAAGAAAGAGUAUUUUUAAUAAGGAAAUACUCAAUAACUUUGACUAGCUUAAUGGGGCAUUGUAAGUCAAACUAUCUUUUACUGAAAGACCGUAAACAACUAUAAUAAACAACACAUUAGUAUAAAUUAAGAAUAAGAAUGUAUUUUAUCAAACAUGUAAACAAAUGUUUUUCUUGUCACUUUUCCACUGCCACUUCUCCUGAUACAAUCUGAAACAAUCUUCUCGAGUCGCUGGCUGUUUUUGUUCGAGACUCUUUUUCAAGUUAUGGAGAACACUGCCUGACACUAGUUUUUGUACAUCUGAAGGUACAACCGAUUUCCAAACUUUGAUAUUAUAUUAUUGCUUAUCGCCGUUCUUUUAAGUCUUGGUAAUAAGCUUUUUGGUUCCAGGAAAAUAAAGAACAGUAUAUUGAAUAAAAUUUUAAUUACAUAGCGCCAGUUCACAAAACCUCAUCUGAAGGCUCUUUCCAA